GCGGAUCCAGAUCAGCAACACUGUUAUAAUUGAUCAACAGCAAACACGAUGGCAGCGAGAGAAACGCCCUUUCCUCUAAGAGAAAGGAGAAGCAGUAUGCCAAAAUACACAGACUUUAGGCUGGUUCUUGUUGGGAAGACUGGAGCUGGAAAGAGUUCCAGUGGGAAUACCAUACUGGGAAGAAAUGCCUUCAGUGCAGCUGUCAGUCAGUCAUCAGUGACGCGGGAGUGCUGUAAGCAGGAAGAUGAGGUUUUUGGCAGAAAGGUGACCAUCGUCGACACUCCCGGCCUCUUUGAUACCUCAUUACUUGAGUGGACAGUGAAGAGAGAGAUCUCCAAAUGCAUCAACAUGUCAGCCCCAGGGCCCCAUGCCAUUCUGCUGGUCAUCAAGGUGGGCCGUUUCACAGCAGAGGAGAAAGAUGCUGUCACAAAGGUGGAGGAGAUCUUUGGAGAGGAUGCCUGGAAGAACACCAUCAUCCUCUUUACUCAGGAUAACCAACCUGGACCAGACAUCGAGCAGCAGCUGGGGGAGGCUGGUCCUGAGCUACAGUCCAUCCUCAGGAAGGCAGGAAACAGAUAUCACGUGCUCAACAAUUACAAGACCAACGAUCGUGAGCAGGUCCUGGUUAUGCUGGAGAAGGUAGAGAAGAUGGUUGCUGACAAUGAAGGACAGUUUUACUCCAACCCUACUUACCUGCAGGCAAUGGAGAUGCUGAAUGAGAGAGAGGCAGUGCUCAAAGAGUUCUACGAGAAGAAACUGAAGGAGCAAAUAAAAGCUGUGGAGGAAAAGUACAAGAAGAAACUGAGUGAAGCUCAACAGGAGCAUCAGGACGUGGAGAAACGGCUGCAGUCUGAGCUACAGGAAGUGAAGCGGUACUACCACGCUUUAAGGAGGACAGUCCGCCAUGUUGUAGAGCAGACGGUAUCAACCGACUCGAUGGAAGACAUUCUCAACUAUCAUGAGUCCUUGAAACUGAAACCCACGUCAAGGGCUGUUUGUUUCUGACACGUCACAUGAUAUGGUAAAUCCUUGUAGCUGCGCCUCUUAUGUUUGAAACUUCCUGAUUUCUGCAGGCCUGAGGAAGCUCUGCAACCGUCAGCAUUACAGUUAACCAACACAUGGAACUUUACAUCCAGGAACAUUCUGUUCUGUUUUGAGUUUCCUGUGUCUCUGAAUCUACUUCCUGUCCUUGCUGCAUUUCCCUCCAGUUUUAAGCUUCCCUUGUGUAUUUAGUCUGUGUGACCUUUGGUUUCAGUGCCAGUUCAUCUUAAUCUCUCUGUACAUAUUUCAUUUAGAUUUAUCUCAGGUUCAUUCUAAUGUAUGUUCAAUGUAUGUUUGCAUGCUUCUACUGGAUGCUUGAAUUUGCCUCAUAAUUCUAUUCAUAUUAAAUAUUCAUCCAAGUUGUCAGUAACCUUUGCUGAGCGAGUACCACGUGUGUAACU